AUGGGUCCCUUGGCCCGGAAGGAAGCGGGAAACCAGUUCUGCAAGGAGGGGAAGUGGCACGAAGCCGCAGAGGAGUACACCAAAGGCCUCGACGAGUGCGAUGAGAACUUCCCACCAGAUCAGAGAGGGCUUCUUCUGGCGAACCGGAGCCAGUGCUGGCUCAAGCUGAGUGACUUCCAGAAAGGGCUGGACGAUGCCAACGCCUGUCUGGAGUUGCUGCCGGAGCAUGUGAAGUCACCUGGCAGCAUCCCUCUGAAGCUCUUCCCUCAACAAAGCCAA